CAGACUCUCCCGCAGCUCCUUCGCCUCCCUUGUCUUUCAAAAAUGAAGUCUCAGUUCCCUUUCUGUCUCUCCUCGCCCUGUGCCUGCCCUCCCUCCUCUCAUGCCCCGCUCUCUCUCUUUCUCUCUAUCUCUGUCAGUCUUUUUAAUGGGGAAGUGAGACGCGCUUCCUGAGGGAGGGACUGUCGCUGCCCUGAGACUGAGACUGUCUCUUCUGUCAGACAGUGGGGAUAGAGAGUGCAGCGGAGACUACACAAUCCUGAAGAGACUAGAGCGGGGCAGGUAGAAAGUGAAAGAAGUUCUAGGAGUGUGUAGGGAGCUCCAGGAGGGGAGUAUAUUAAUGUAGGUCCAACAACUAUCUCUUCCUCUGUUGUGAAUUCAGUACAUCUCAUAGGGUAGAGGGCGACAAAUCGGUAGCACCCUCUGUGCGACAAGAAGAUGGAGGAGACACAACCUUCAGGGGAAUUUUGUACAACUGCUAAAUGGGAGAACAGACUUCAGACACAGGAGGAAGAGAUAAUGUUGCUGAAGUCAACACUGUGUGACGUUUUGCGGAGGAUCUGUGUGCUGGAACACCAGAUCCCACCUGAAACGCAGGGUGACACGUCCCUCAAGGUGCAGCAAAUCGCUGAUAUCAGCAAAAGCUCUCAAGUCAACAGGAACGAUGUCGGAACACAGACAGAAUGGGCUGUAGAGCAUACCGGAUCCAUUGAAAGUAUUGAUACAGGGGAAGGACCCGGAGUAUUUGAGAACGAAUCACUGAAUGGGGGGGCCACAGAUGGGAUUGGUGAUUCAGAUGGACCACGAGAGUUUGAACAGUUGCCCCAGAGCCAAGGACCUGAUGAAGCAGUAGCUCACGCACGUACUGUUCAUGCUUUGAAACAAACCAGGAACGAAUUCUUCCGUAGAAGUAGCACUUCAGACAAGCUGGUCAAAGAUGCAAAAGAUAAAGGGAAAAAACUAGAGAAAAAAUCUGCCUCAUCUGCAAAUCUUCUUGGUUCAUCGGGCUCAAGACGGAGCAAUUAUAAUCUUGAAGGGCUUACUGUGAAAGUUUUCCUCCGUGGCCGCCCAAUUACUAUGUAUAUACCAUCCAAUAUGCAAAACCAUGAUGACCACAAGCCAGAACUGCCCAGUGAGAAGCUGCAGCUAGAAUGGGUCUAUGGUUGCCGUGGUCGGGAUUCCCGAUGUACCCUCCGAAUGCUGCAGUCAGGAGAGGUAAUAUACUUCACUGCCUGUGUUAUCGUUAUCUGUGAUGUCUCCCGUGGAACCCAGCGACAUUUUCUUCGGCACACGGAUUGUGUACGCUGUUUAGCCGUUCAUCCUGAUGGCGUUAGAGUGGCUUCUGGGCAAACAGCUGGAGUAGACAAGGAUGGUAAGCCCAUGGUGUAUAUAUGGGAUUCUUGCACCCUCCAGAUAUUACAUCAAAUUGGACUUGGUUUCUUCGAGAGGGGUGUGGGAUGUCUUGCCUUUUCAACAGCCGACUCUGGUUCAUUUCUCUGCGUUGUGGAUGAUUGCAAUGACCAUGUGCUUUCGGUCUGGGACACAGCACGAGGAAACAAAAUAGCAGAAACCAAGAGCACUAAUGAGCCUGUCCUAUGUGUGGCCUUUAACCCAGUGGAAAGCAGUAACAUUGUCACUGUGGGCAAAUCUCAUGUGCAUUUCUGGACAUGGAGUGGAACUUCCCUUACUAAGAAGCAGGGGAUCUUUGGGAAAUACAAGAAGCCACGGUAUGUACAGUGUUUACUGUUUGAUCGAACAGGGGAUGUGCUGACUGGAGAUUCAGAGGGUCAGAUUUUGACCUGGGGAAGAAGUGCAGCAGAUACUAGGACUUUGGGUAAAGGAGCAAAAGACACCUAUCAGAUAGUACGUCACACCCGGGCUCAUGAGGGUAGCGUGUCUACACUUACCGCCCUUCGUGGUGGUUUAGUACUGAGCACAGGGGGCAAAGACAGACGUGUGGUUCUAUGGAGCGAAACACUGAGCCAGUUAAAGGAGUGUGAGAUACCAGAGCAUUUUGGGACAGUUCGCUCAGUUGCUGAGGGCCUUGGAGGUGAAUUACUGGUUGGUACUACAAAAAACGCACUUCUGAAGGGGUCACUGGAGCUUGGAUUCACACAUGUGAUACAGGGGCAUACAGAUGAAUUGUGGGGUCUGGCUACACAUCCUUCUCAGAACAUGUUCCUAACCUGUGGGCAUGACAAGCAAUUUUGCCUCUGGAAUGGUACUGAGCACACACUGAGCUGGGGGUGUGUACUGGAGGAUCCUGGCCUGUGUGCAGACUUCCAUCCCAACGGCAGAGAAGUCUGUGUGGGAUUGAGUACUGGAAGGUGGGUGGUCCUGGAUAUUCAGUCUCGCUGCACUCUUUACAUUCACUCAGAUGGAAAUGAGCAGCUGUCUGUAGUCAGAUACUCAACAGAUGGUACCUACCUGGCUAUUGGUUCCCAUGACAACGUCAUUUACAUAUACAGCACUGGACAGAAGGACCAUAGGGUGGAAAGAGAGUGCUCUAGAGAGAGCUAUAUGGAAGAAAAAGACUGUCAAGAGGAAGGAGACAGCCCCCGCGGAGAGGGUGACAGCAUUACCUCUGACAGAGUACACCGGUAUACACGUUAUGGAAAGUGUGUGGGGCACUCAAGUUUUAUAACACAUCUGGACUGGUCAAGAGAUGGAAAAUAUAUAAUGUCCAAUUCUGGCGACUAUGAAAUACUGUAUUGGGACAUUGCUGGAGGGUGUAAGCUCAUCAGGAACAGGUAUGAAAGUAAAGACCGUGAGUGGGCAACCUACACCUGUGUGCUGGGAUACCAUGUCUUUGGGGUCUGGCCUGAGGGGUCGGAUGGGACAGAUAUUAAUGCUCUUUCUCGCUCUCGAGGGAUGACCCUUGUCUCUGUAGCAGAUGACUUUUGCAAGGUUCACCUCUUCCGCUAUCCCUGCAAUAAACCAAAGGCACCCAGCCAUGUGUAUUCUGGCCAUGGGAGUCAUGUGACCAAUGUCCGCUUCACCCAUGAUGACAGUCACCUGAUCUCAUUGGGUGGCAAAGAUGCUAGCAUAUUUCAGUGGAGGGUAGUGGGAGGAGGCUACCUACCCCGAAGUCAUUCGUUGUCAUCGUCAUCGCUGGAAGCCGCCCAGUGAAUUCCAAAGCACCGAGCCAAAGCAUACUGACAGAGUGCCUCCUAACACAAUCACAAAGCAGCUAUUUCAGUUUUAGUUUACUUAACGCAAAGCACAACCUUCUAACACACACAUAGCAAUAAAGAUGGUCCUACUAAGUCAGUCUCACUAACCUGAUGCCUAAAACAUUUGCACAACUCAUUCAGUAAAGAUCAACAUUAGCUAACUUAAAGCAACUAAAAAAUAUACACACAGCCAAUUUACCAUAACAAAAUCAUUAUCACUUCUUAAAGUGCCAUCAUAAUCAGUGGGUUACACUUACUAAAAAAGGCCAUAAGGGUUUUUUGUACUGCCUGUAAGCAGGGGCGAUUAUAGCCAUUAUGCUGCCUGAGGCGGCCUUCUUUUGCCGCCUCCGCCCCUCCCCACGGCACUCACCUUUAGAGUGCAGGAGAGGGCAGGGGCGGUCUAUGUCUCUUAGUGCAGAGAUCGCAACUGCGCUCUCUGCACUAGAAGAGCCGAAUUUCCGGGUUGAAAACCGGAAAUUCGGCUCUUAGUUACCAGUAGCAGCAUUUUUGCCGCCCCUGGCAACCAGGGGGGCGCUGCCGCCUGAGGCGAGUAGCUGAACUCGCCUCAUUGGUGGAGCUCCCCUGCCUGUAAGUGUUACCCACUGAGUGGUGUGUAGAUAAGUCCUGGCAUUAAUAAAUAGUUUGAAACUGUAAAAUGCAAUGCAUAACAGAGACAAAUCUUCUUAACAAAUGCAAUUGUUUCUAUGGCAGGAUGAGGGGCCACACAGGGUAUGGCUGCCUUUCUAUUGUUACAAUUUUUCAUGCAAAUAUUAUGAACAUGUGAAACAGCAGAAAGUGAAGAGGAGCUUCAGUUCCUUAUCUGCACCAUUACUAGCCAACAUGGUGCAUCGACAGAGGUAAUGUUCAAACCUCGGCACUCACCUCCACCAUUCGAUCAUUUCGCCGGGUGCUAACCCAAUUCAAUAUAAAGUCCAAAAAUAAAAGGAAGCACUCACGGCAAAAAGGUUGUUAGAAGUUUUAUUUUUGGACUAUAUAUAUAUAUAUAUAUAUAUA